AUGUCAGCGAUUCUAGCUAAUAGGCCGUCUAUGAACGGCUCCCUCCAUGAAAAGAGCAGGUCGGUCUCCUCGUUUCCCGCCUCGGCCCCGUCCUCGAGCCCGAAUUUUGACAGUCCCCGGAAACUGCGCUCUCAAACGUCUCUUGGUCGGAAGUCCCCUGUCAGCUCGCAGGACUCCAGGCCACGCUCGGUGCUGUCGUACAGCAGUUUUCAGAAAGGAAAGCGGAGAUGCAAACCUCAAUAUCCAGCCAAUUCCGCAGAGCUCCAUGUAGAAUACAUCCUCGUCGCCUCGUUCCAUGUUGAUCGUGGGCCAAUUAUGGAGCAUCAGUAUCCAGCUGCAAUCAGUGGCGACGAGAAUAUGCUGGCCGAGUUGAUGUUGCCUGACCAAACCCAUGUUCGGAGUCAGGAUUGGACAAUGUUUUUCCUUCAUAGAGACACUGGAUCGGAAGACGGCAUUGAAGACGGGGGUGAUCCUCAGGAUCAAGAAGAGAAAGCUGGAGAUGAACCUGAAGAGAAUGGCCAGGAUGGCGCGAGGCAGACAGACGAUGAAGAUUCUGCUGAUGACGAUGGUUAUGAGGACGAGGAUUGUGGCGAUGGCCCUCCAUUGAUGUAUGUGCUGAACCUCGUCAAUACGAAGCAGGAUAAUUCUGUGAAACGGGGAGCGGUUGUCAAAGCCAUGGCUAUCUGUACUAGACAUUCGUUUCUUCAUAUUUACAAGCCCCUUCUUUUACUAGCAUUGGAGGACUAUUUCAAAUCUCCCUACCCUGAGACAUUGGCCAGACUCUACGACUCUCUAAAUGCCAUGGAUCUCUCUCUCAUGCCUAGACUUUCGUAUCUCGAACGCCAUAUUCUCCAAGCGACUGAUGUUAAGGAUAUGUUCAUUGAAAAGUUUGAACGAAUGAUCAAACAGCGCUUAGCCGAUGAACGGGCUGCGUCCGAAUUAGACGGAGCGGAUGCAAAAUCCUUUGUCCCCCUAAAAUAUACUCUACCAAGGGAUACCCAUGAGUUCGAAUCCAAGAUUAUCUACAACGACAUCGCUAUUCCGGUCAAAAUUCCAACCGCCGUCUCUCCAGAGACUGUUGGUGAUUUUUCACUGAUUAAAUUAAUACAAACCUUUUCUGGGCCGCACGCUUCUUCCCCUCAGGCGUUCCCCCUUCAUCCUCAUCUAACAACAAGCGGGGCGUUCACCCACCCGAUUAUCGUUCUAGUCAAUGCCUUACUCAGUCAAAAACGAGUGAUAUUUCUUGGUCACAACCGACCAUCUGGAGAAGUUGCUGAAGCGGUUCUGGCAGCCUGCGCACUUGCUUCAGGAGGCCUUCUUCGUGGGUUCACGCGCCAUGCCUUCCCUUAUACCGACUUGACGAAAAUCGACGAGUUGCUCAAAGUCCCCGGGUUUGUCGCUGGUGUUACCAAUCCGGCCUUUGCUAACCACCAUGAAUGGUGGGACCUCCUCUGUGACCUACCUAGUGGCCGGAUGAAAAUAAGUAGCCGUAUUGAAGCCGCUCCGGCAACUGAGGGCACGCAAUUUUUUCAAUAUCAUGCUCCCUUGACGGCCUCAUCGAUACUUGGCGGGAGUAGCUCUGCUGCUUCGGACCCAACUGGGGAUAACAAUUUUAUGGAUGACAUUCUGCGAAGCAUUGCCUCACGGCACGGUGAGGGAGCAAUUCGAGCUAAAUGGAGAGCCUACAUCACAAAAUUCACUAGAAUUUCUGCCGCGUUUGAAGAGGUCGUCUACGGGGCCACGGCUUUGCAUGUCCUGGGUCCUGGCGAAGAUGCUUCCGAAAACCAGUCUCCUUUGCAAACAAAGCACCCUGAUCCGUCAAUUCUCCGCGGCCACGGGUAUGUUUGGCCUGACGAAAACACCAAGCACCGUGAGCUUGCUGCCUGGGUCAACCGAAUCGAGGGUUGGAGAAACACUAGGUCUUACUACUAUUUCAUCCAGGACACGGCGGCUUUGUACCCGGUUAGCAAGCCAGUGCAAAAUCUCGACCUACACCAUCACCAUGAUAAACUACGCUAUCUGAAGCUCAGUUCUGGCGAAUCCGGGGCGAUAUAUCUGGCAUUCGCCAACGCCAUUCAGGACUACAAUUCCAUCUGUCAGCUGAUAUCCGUUACGCCGGAAAGUCAAGCCGGCCUGUUCUAUAUAUCCCUGGGGCUGUUUCACCCCGACGCUGUCGUUCGCACCGCCACUCUAGGUUUACUCGAGCGCAUCGCUGGCCACGAAGCUGGAAGGCAUCUCUGGGCGCAGCUAAGCAGGUUUACCAAAGUAGCCUAUUUCCGAAUGAAGCGGGACAGGGAUGGGGAACUCAACGGUAUUGAACCUCAGUCAGCGCUCAUCCCACACAAAGCAUUUUCACGGCAGCCACGAAUUCAAGGCUCGCAGAAGUUAGGGCCAUGCGGUCGAUUUAGCGCGGUUCCUAUUGCCAUGUCCUGGUGCUGUGUGGGCUGA